AUGGCCACCGAUGACUCCAACCCAGAGGACCACGUCUUACCACAACGUAGAAACUCCCUCUGCUACGUAACCCGAUUCGGUUCCAAGGUGGAGACCGUGAAGCAAAGGGCAGUCUAUGCAGUGACUACAGAAGCCACGCAAACUGAUCUUGAUGCGGAGAUGACGAAAGUUUCCUCCCUUGUUCCCGGAGCCGGCACCCCGUAUGCGGGUUUAAGUCAGGAGCACUUUGUUCCCCAAGCUCCCGUUUCUAUGCCCCACUUGACGGGUGGACUGCCCGGCUCCACUGACCUUCUUGGUCAGCAACAGGCUCUUGCCAUCAACCCCACCUCUCUCAUGCAAUAUUUCCGAAUUCGCACCCUACCUCUCACCCGGAAAGUCAUCCGCGAAGGCUGGCUCAUGAAGAGGGGUGAACACAUCAAAACAUGGCGCCGACGAUACUUCAUUCUCAGAGAGGAUGGUACCUUCUAUGGAUAUAAAAAUAUUCCAAGAGACAACCUAGAGCAACCACUAAAUAAUUUUACCGUUCGAGACUGUCAGAUAAUAUGCCUGAACAAGCCCAAGCCCUACACAAUCCUAAUGCGAGGUCUCCAGUGGACGACAGUGGUGGAGCGAUUGUUUUUCGUUGAACACGAAGUCGAACGCGAUGAGUGGAUCAGUGCCAUCCAAAUGGUCGCCAACCGACUUCGCUCUGAAAAUGAGGCACCCACAAGUGUUUUCAAAGUCGAUUUCGCUGAAGACGUCGUCAUUGAUUUUCCUCAGAGGCCACCUAAGCGUUACUCCACUGACGACUUUGAGCUUUUAAAGGUGCUUGGCAAGGGAACUUUCGGCAAAGUUGUACUUUGCAAAGAAAAGGAGUCCGGCUGCUUCUACGCUAUGAAAAUCCUUAAGAAGACCGUUCUAAUUGAGAAAGAGGAGGUCGGUCACACACAGACAGAGCAUCGGGUGCUGCAACUCAAUCACCAUCCCUUCAUGACGCAGUUGAAGUACUCCUUCACCACACGGGACCAUAUCUUCUUCGUUAUGGAGUACUGUAAUGGCGGUGAACUCUUCUACCACCUCUCGCGAGAGCAUGUCUUCUCCGAGUCGCGGACACAAUUCUACGCCGCCGAAAUCACAUCUGCUCUUGGAUACCUACAUAGUCAGAACAUCGUCUAUAGGCAAGUCAUUGGGCGGGAAUACUUAAAAAUUCGUGACCAUUUUCGACGCGUAAACAACUAUCCUAAACCACGCCUUUCAUCAUCAACCGAUUCUGAUGCUACUAGUCAUUCAAAACAAAUUGACGGAUUAAGCAGAGACCUGAAAUUGGAGAACUUGUUGCUGGAUAAGGAUGGUCAUAUCAAGAUAACCGACUUCGGGCUGUGCAAGGAGGACAUAGGCUUCGGCUCGACCACAAAGACCUUCUGCGGCACGCCUGAGUACUUGGCGCCGGAGCUGCUCCUGGACAAUGACUACGGACUCUCUGUGGAUUGGUGGAGUCUAGGCGUCGUCAUGUACGAAAUGAUGUGCGGUCGACUGCCUUUCUACUCCAACGAACACGAAAUCCUCUUUGAACUCAUCCUCCAGGAGAGCGUAAAGGUGCCGGACAACCUAAGUCCUGUGGCGCGUGACAUCUUAAUCCGCCUCCUCAUGAAGGAUCCAGCCGAACGACUUGGUGGGGGCAAGGCGGACGCCAUUGAAGUCAUGGUGCACCCCUUCUUCGAGUCUAUCUCCUGGGAUAAACUGAUCCGCAAGGACAUCAUACCGCCGUGGAAGCCGGAUGUGAACGGUGACAUGGAUACCAAAUACAUUCCCGAGGAGUUCCAGAGGGAGAACGUGGCAGUUACGCCACCGGAGAAGAGCGUGUACUCCGACUUCCUUGAUCAGCCCUACUUUCAGCGCUUCAGCUAUCAUGGCAGCCGACAGAGUCUCAGUCGUCAAAGUGUUCUCAGCUUCGGAGACAAUGGCUCUAUACCUGAAGGCGCCCUUCCCAACUGA